AUGGGGACUGAAAAUGUCAGCAUUUUUAGAAGUGACGAAGACGAGAACGUCGCGCUGAUCUUCGGCGUCACCGGACUCGUGGGACGUGAGAUUGUAAAGACGCUACUGACGUCGAAACCCAGAUGGAGAAUCUACGGCGUGGCGCGAAAUCCGGACAUCGAUUCCAUGACGAAGAUGUACAGUUUCAUCUCCUGCGAUCUGCUCAACGCAUCCGAGACCAAACAGAAGUUGUCUCCAUUACAAGAAACCGUGAGUCACGUGUUUUGGGUCACGUGGUCUGGCGAGUACCCAUUGGACAGCGACGAGUGCUGCCUUCAGAACAGAGCGAUGCUGGCAAACGCUUUGGACGCGAUUCUCCCAAACGCCAAGAGGUUAAAGCAUUUCUCGCUCCAGACGGGGAUGAAGCAUUACGUGUCUCUUGUCGGAGAGACUCUCACUCGAAGAGAUUUGUGUUAUUACAGCGAGGAGUGUCCGAGAAAGAGCUCCGGGAGGAACUUCUAUUACGUUUUGGAGGAUUUGCUGAAGGAGAAGAUCUCUGGCAAUUCAGUUGUUUGGUCGGUUCAGAGACCCGGUUUGCUAAUGGGAAGCUCAACGAGAACUCUGUACAACUUCAUGGGAAGUCUUUGUGUUUAUGGAGCGAUGUGUAAGUAUUUGAAUCUUCCUUUUGUGUUUGGAGGGUCAAGAGAAUGUUGGGAGGAAAGUUACAUUGACGGCUCUGAUGCGAACUUAGUCGCGGAACAGCAUAUAUUCGCUGCGACAAGUGGGAGUGUGCGCGAUAAAGGUGAAGCCUUUAACGCCAUUAACGGAGUAGGGUUCACUUGGAAGGAGAUUUGGCCGGAGAUAGGGAGGAAACUUGGGGUGCAAGUUAAUGAAACGAAGAUGUUUGAUGAAGGUUUUUCUAUUGCUAGAGAGAUGGGUGAGAGAAAACAUGUGUGGGAUGAGAUUGUGGUGAAGGAGAGGCUUGUUCGGACCGAUAUUGAGAGUUUGGCGAAUUGGGUUUUCUUGGAUGUUCUGUUUAGAUGCCCUGUGAAGCUUCUUGGGACGAGAGAUAAAAUAGAUAGCUUUGGUUUUAAGAGGAAAUAUAGAACACUAGAUUCGAUUUUGUAUUGGAUUGAUGUGAUGAGAGAUGAAAAACUCAUUCCUUUGUAA